AUGAAUUUAGACAGUUACGACAGACAUAGUGAGGCCGAGGAAGUAGGAACAAAAAAGGGUCCACAUAAAAAAAAAAAGUUUUUAGGUAGCAUACAAAAAGCGCAAGAUGAAUUUGCGUCAGAAUAUGGAUGUAUUUUUAUGGAUUUUUGCGAAGAAUUUUACGAAGGAGAUAAUGAUGGAAUUCGACCAUAUUUAGAACAAUUACGAUAUUUAUCAAGGACAGGAAAACGCAUAUUAUAUGUCGAUUUUAAGCAUGUAAUGCAUUAUAAACAAUCGGAUUCUCUAUCAAAAGCCAUUUCUCAACAAUAUUAUAGGCUUGAGCCAUAUCUCCGAAGGGCAGUUGAACGCCUCAUGGAGAUAUAUUUUCCUGAUCAAAGUAAAAAAUCUGGUGUUGGAAAUCGAUAUCAUGGCAAUCAAGAGACUGGAAUUUUGGAUCAGAAUGGCUACGCGCAAGACGAAAAUGCGCAAGAUCAGGAGUUUGUGACACUGGAGAAAUCUUAUUCCUUAGAAUAUUCUGUGGCCUUUUAUAAUCUACCUUCUUUAAAUCGCAUCCGAGAUUUAAAAACCGACAAGAUAGGGACCUUAAUGAGUAUAUGUGGUACAGUAACAAGAACAAGUGAGGUUCGACCUGAAUUACUUUAUGGAAAAUUUGUUUGUCAAGAAUGUAAAGUCGAAGUUGAGAAUGUUGAACAACAAUUCAGUUAUACGGAGCCGACCAUGUGUCAAACACCAACAUGUUCCAACAGAGAUUCAUGGGUACUUAAAAUUGAAGAAUCCAAGUUUACGGAUUGGCAAAGAGUUCGAAUUCAGGAGAACCCAAAUGAAAUACCUACAGGAAGCAUGCCUAGAACUCUUGAAGUUAUUCUUCGUCACGAGAUGGUUGAGGGAGCAAAGCCCGGAAACAAGUGCAUUUUUACGGGUACACCUCUUGUUAUUCCAGAUAUUCAUCAAUUGGGUAUUCCAGGUGUUGGAGCUGAAGUUCAACGUGAUACUCGUAAUAAUCGUUUCAAGGGGGCUGAUGGAUUAGCUAAUGCCGGUGUCACAGGUCUAAAGUCUCUUGGUGCUAGAGAUUUGUCAUAUAAAAUAUCUUUUUUGGCAUGUACAGUACAUAGUGUUGACGCGAAGCGUGAUGCUUAUAAUAGACUAACGGAAGUGGAUGACAUUGAAAAUGAUCAUGAAGCGUUUGUUAAGUCAAUGAAAGGGAUGGAGAAAGAACUUUUGGAUGAGAUGAGCAGUGAUGAAAGAAUUUUCGAUAACCUAGUUAAAAGUAUCGCCCCAAGCGUUUUUGGACAUGAAAUAAUAAAAAAAGGAGUAUUACUUCAGUUGCUAGGGGGUGUUCACAAAGAAACCGCAGAGGGUAUGAAUCUCAGGGGGGAUGUUAAUGUUUGUAUAGUUGGAGAUCCUAGUACUAGUAAAAGCCAGUUCCUUAAGUAUGCUUGUCAGAUACAUCCUCGUGCUAUAUUUACCUCCGGAAAAGCCUCAUCUGCUGCUGGUUUGACUGCAGCUGUCGUCAAAGACGAAGAGUCUGGUGAUUUUACCAUAGAAGCGGGUGCUUUAAUGCUAGCAGAUAACGGAAUCUGCGCUAUUGAUGAAUUUGAUAAAAUGGAUAUUUCUGAUCAGGUUGCCAUUCAUGAAGCUAUGGAACAACAGACAAUCUCUAUUGCAAAAGCUGGAAUUCAUGCAACAUUGAAUGCUCGAACAUCAAUUUUAGCGGCGGCAAAUCCGAAUGGUGGUCGAUAUAAUAAAAGACUAUCACUUAGACGAAACAUUUCGAUGUCAGCACCAAUUAUGUCUCGAUUUGAUUUAUUCUUUGUGGUACUGGAUGAAUGCAAACCCGACAUAGAUCAAAUGAUAGCUGAGCAUAUUGUAGAAAUUCACAGAAGAGGAGAUGACAGCAUUAAUCCACCCUAUGAUACUGAGACACUUCAAAGAUAUAUUCGCUAUGCAAGAACAUUCAAACCAAAGAUUUCUCAGGAUUCCAAAAGAUUGUUAGUUGAAAAAUAUAAGCAACUUCGUCAAGAUGAUGCUUCCGGUGCGGCUCAAAACUCAUAUCGUAUUACGGUUAGACAAUUAGAAAGCAUGAUACGAUUGUCAGAAGCUAUUGCAAAGGCUCAUUGCAAGAACGAAGUAAUUCCGGAUUUUGUGAAUGAGGCAUCUAAACUUAUACAACAAUCUAUAAUUCAUGUUUAUCAUGAUGACAUUGUAUUGAGAGAUGAAGUGCAACCUACUCAAAAUAAUCAGGUUGCGAUGGAUGUUGACAAUGAUGCAGGGGAGUCAUCAUCAUCAAAUCAACAAAGUCAAGAUAUAAAGAUUACAAGAGAAGAACUUAUCAGGAUUCAAGAUGCAAUUCUUGCGAAAUUAUUGUCCUCAGAAAAUCGCACGUGUCGCGAGGAAGAUCUUGUACAAUGGUACAUAGAACAAUGCGAAGAUACUUUGACAAGUGAAUCGGAAGUCGAAGCCGAAGAGAAAAAGUUCAAACUAGUAGUGAAACAUUUACUUAAGGAAAAAUAUUUGCAGAAAGUUCCUAGAGGUAGUCGAGAAGGUAUCGAUCUUGACGAAGAUCAAGAAUAUGACCAAAUGGACCUUGAGCAGGAAGAGUCGGAUGAACUGACUAUACAUCAAAAUGUUGACAUGGAUAAUUGCUAA